AUGUUUGAUCCCGCAGAUAUCCCAUUACCACGAAUAUUAGACCCCAUUCUUGACUUUCUAUCCGAGAAGCUUUCUCCCCCAGCCUACGACUUUCUCCUCUCCUUUAUCUCACAUGCUCUUGCUCUCGUCAGCGCGCUCGUCUCACUCGUCCUAUCCCUCGUUGCAUCCAAACCAUGGGAAUGGGACGCUCAGACAAUAAUACCGCCACUCAUCACCGUCCUUGCCGCAUACCUUGCGCUUAUCAGCUUGUACAGGACAACAACCUGGAUGUUCAGGACUGCCCUCUGGUUCAUCAAAUGGGGCUCCAUCAUUGGCGCUCUCGCCGCCGGGACAGGCUGGUACCUGGGUAACCAGGGUGGCGGAGGGGGAGGAGUCGCAAGCACUUUAGGUAGCAUUGUUUUGGGCAUACUCAAUAACCAAGGUCGAAACGAUGCUGCGUAUUCUCAGCCUCGGUACAAAUCUUCGACAUCACGUUCUUCUCGAACACGAUCAGACGGGCAGAAACGUCCCAAACCAUGGGAGUCAUUUGAAAAACACGAAGAGUGGCAAUACAAAGCCAACGAUGAGGAUCACAGUGGAGGUGAAGAGGCUGGGAAGAUCAUGUCGGAUAUAGUGGAUUCUGUGAAUCACAUAAUGGGGGAAGGAGGCUGGUGGGACACCGCAAAAGCUGCAUUUGGUACAGGUAGUGCCACAGAAGAAAAUGCCGAUACGACUCGGAGCGGUCGUCGUAAGAAGGAUUCCCGAAGCAGGUGACAAUGAACGGAGUAGGCAUACCCCCACAUCUAUUACUAUAUUUCAAGUCAGUGGGAGCACAUUCGAAGCACUUCUUUACACAAUCUCAGAUUGGCAUAACAGUAUCCAGGAGAAUAUCCAUUAUGCAUAGACGAAUAAGAAAAUACAAAGCUGCAAAAG